AUGUCUAAUGAAAGAAUUGACAAUAACUUUAGCAAAGAAGGGACUCUGUACCAAGUGGAAUAUGCGCUAGAAGCAGCAAAAAAGGGGAUGCCAUGUGUGGUUGUGGGGAGUACUUCUUGCAUUGUAAUGGCUGCUUCUAAAAGACUUCCAGAAAAGCUUAUGGACCCAGAGUAUAUUUCUAGCUUUACCUCUGUUAUUCCUGGGAUAAUGGGUGUAAUGAGUGGGUAUCUUAUGGAUGUACAAAGAACAGUCACUGUCCUAUCGGAGACCGCGGUAGAAUUGCUUCAUGAUUUAGGGCAGACGCCUACUCCAGACAUUCUAGCUAGAGAAAUAGCAGAUCAGUGGCAAAUACUUACGCAGGAGAACUCCAGAAGACUUCCUGCUGUAUUUCUAGCUAUUGUAGGGUAUGAGAAGAACAUUCCUAAAAUAUACUACACAGACUCAUCUGGUACACUUCUCCCGUAUAAAGCAGUUGCAUUUGGUGAGGGAGGCGCACUUAUGAUGAAAAAGCUAGAAAAGCUGUAUAAACCAGAACUAACAGAGAGCGAAGCAGUACACACCGCGCUAAUUUCUUUAUCAGAGGCACUUGGUCCAGAUUAUUUAGCUACUAAUGUGGAACUGUCUAUUUUCCUGCCAGAUGGCCAGGUAAAGGUAUCCUCAACAGAUGAGAUUGAUGCAUAUUUGGUUGAAAUAGCAGAGAGAAUCUAAUCUGCCCAGAAUAUACUCAGAAAUUCAAUAAAAAUCUUUAAG